AUGGAUACCAAUCAGACCAAGUACCCUUCGUAUGUUAACUGCAGAACCGCGUGGUUUAAACACCAUCAGACUGAUCUGUGCCUCCAGUUCGUAUCGGACUGGGAAGCAGUGGAAAAGUCCAUGCAUACCAGCUCUGCUACUUGCUUGGUAUAUUUUCCGUCUGAUCAUCUUGGACUGGGUUAUAGUAGGGUAAUAGAAUCCCAAUUAUCACAGGAUAUUCAGGCAUGGACAUUUUUCAGCUUUCUGUCGCCAAAGCUUUCUCAGCUAUCUAUUAACCUUUCACGAUUUUGUUCCGUCCAAUCUAAUCUCAGCUAUGACCGAAGAAUUCUCCUGCAUCACCAUGUGGCAUGGAUAUUUUUAAUGGACGAUGUUACCGAAAAACUGCCAUUAUACAAUCUUCAUAAAACUGCAGGCAGGAAAUACCUUAACAACCUUAAGAGUAUUACGAUGGGUGGUCCGGUUGAGGACAUGAUGCAGUUUAAGGGUUUAUGCCCGAUGGAGAUUCUCGAAGCAGCUCUUAUUGCUCAACAGAUUCUCGCAGAGGAUUUAAUGCCACUUAAGAAGCGUCUACUCUCUCCCCAGCAUUUAGAGGCAUGCAUUUUCACCCUCAAUCAGUUCUUCGACUCUGAAUACGAGGAGGGAUUAAAGUUCUGCACCGAACUCACGUCGCAGGAGAUUCUCAAAACCAGAGUUAUCACUGUGGGUGGUUUGGUGCCUAUGCUUCUUGCUGUGGGAAACGCUCAGGCAGACUCAUAUGUUGCCAGCGACCAAAGCUUAUUGCAGCUUUCAAUGGUAAUAGCGCUUGCUAAUGACAUCAUUGGCCUAUAUAAAGAUCUUAACGCAGUUGACCAACAAGAAGACGGGUCUGCCUACUUGAACCUUGUUCGAGUAGAAAUGAGGGAACGAGGAUUGCGUAGCGAAGACGCCCUGCGUAUUUACAUUGGCAAACUCAAUUAUUUGAUUCAAUCAUUCGAGAUCUUCUUGUUAACCUGCUCUCGCUGUCGUCAAGAGUACUACACCGAAGCGUUCAAGUUCGCUCUCAACUACCUGGACUACCAUUUGAUGGGAGUUAUGGGUAACCCGAAUAACCGAUAUGAGUCAUAG